AUGGACAACAGACCUGCUUCGGAGUACGCGCAGUCAGGUUCGCACUUUCCAUAUCCACUGUCUGCCGCGACUCAUCAUUCUGAACUCCCCGCCGCAGACCAGGCUUCUGCUGCUGCCACUGCUCAAUACACUCCCCAACCGGAGGUUCGCCCGACUCCCCAGUACACGCCUCAACCCGAGGUCCGCCCCGCCGCCAACAUCUCUUCAUCCAACACACCUCAGUCGGACUACGGUCUGAACCAACCCGCCGCCGCGCGCUCCCCUGCCUAUCCCGAAUACCUCGCCCGCCCACCUCAGUACCAUCACGCCCCCAACACCCAGGCAGGUGGUGCGGCAGGUAUGGCUCAAGCAACAAGUCCGUCCAUGACCACCCUCAAUAAUGGGCAACACCAUGACCCACGCAAUCAUCACACGAACGUGAAGUCUGACGCAGACGUUCCUAUAGAUCCCUCAAUCGCGGCCUCUAGCCCCACCUAUCCUCCUCCUUACUCGCCUUAUCAGCCGCAGGGCCAUGACAUGGCUCAAUACCAGGGUCACCCCCCUCCUCCCCCUCCUCAGAUGUAUGGGCGUCCGGAAUGGUCGCAUGGUUAUGGACACAAUCAACACGGUCUUCCUGGACCAUAUAACGCUCCUGCCACAACGGUUGGUCCCGCCUCCCCUGCUGCGACCGCAGGGCCGCGCCCUGGCCAGGUAUACUCAUUCGUUCCCAUUCCCGGCGCGCAACAACACAAACGCCCUCGCCGGAGAUAUGAGGAGAUUGAGCGUAUGUACAAGUGCGGUUGGAAUGGAUGUGAGAAGGCCUACGGUACUCUCAAUCACUUGAAUGCGCAUGUGACGAUGCAAUCGCAUGGUGCGAAGCGUACACCCGAGGAAUUCAAGGAAAUUCGCAAGGAAUGGAAAGCUCGGAAGAAGGAGGAAGAGGCUCAGCGCAAGGCCGCUGAGGAGCGCGAGCGUGCCGCCGCCCAAGCUGCUCAGUCCAACCCAGUGGAUGCGCCCAACCCUGCGGAUCCCGCCCAGGGUGGCCAACCGCCAGCGUACCCCGGCGGUGUUCGGCCUCAACUCCCUCCGAUCGGAUACCAACCUGCUGAUGGCCAGGUGCCCGGGCAGUACGGAGCGGCUGCUGGUGGCAUGGUUUACCAGGGUAAUGGGCAGAUGGCCUACCCUCCCAAUUACCCUCACUCCCCCUAUGGGCAAGCGGGUCAAGUGUACCAGCCACGUAAGAAUCGGGAGGGGGUGGAAAUGUCUGAGCGCCCGAGAGCCCCAGAGCCUAUCGGGCGGAAACUGCUGCCUGAGGUUUACUUACCGAAGCCGAACCAGCCCGCGGCCGUCUCCAAGAAGAACAAGGAGCUGCAGGAGUUGCUGCUCAAGGUCGCGGAGGUCGGUACCUCGCCCCGGCUCCGGAUGCAGGAGGCCUCGCUGCUGGGCGACAGACAUACGCAGAAACAGGUGGAGAUGGAGCUGAAGUGGCUGCCGGACCCGAAGCGGCUGGCGGAGCGGGUAGGUCGUCUGCUGCAGGCGAGGGAGAUCAUCAUGGCGGCGGCGCUGGUGCGCGCGGCGCAGAAGGAAGGACGGGAGUGCAUGGUGGCCUGGAAUCAUAUCUUUGAGUAUUGCAUGAAACAGGGGGCGACCAUGGCGGCGUAUAAGUUCUACACGGAUAUGAAAAAACGUGGCCGCAGACCCAACUCCCACACCUAUACGAUCAUGAUGAAUGGGUUCAGUAUCUAUAAUCCACGGGAGAAGGCGAAGAAUGUGGACGCCGCGAUGCGUGUAUAUCGGUCUAUUGAGGAGAAUCCGGACGUGGAGCGGGAUAUCAUCCACAGCAAUGCGAUGCUCAAGGUUUGCUGGCUCCAGGAAGACAUGGAUACCUUGUGGCGGGUUGCGGGAGAUCUCCCCGAGGAAGGGCCCGGGUCACCCAACGCUCACACCUACACGAUCAUUCUGCGCGCUAUUCAGAGUCGCCUGGAGCGUAGCACGCAGGAUAUCCCCUCCAAACAUGUCCGCCCGCACUGCGAGAAGAGGAAGACGGCCAUCACUGAAGGCAAGCGGGUUUGGGCUGAUGUUGUUUACCGCUGGAAGAAAGGUCAGCUGCAGCUCGAUAACCACCUGGUCCAUUCGAUGGCUGAGCUGCUCUUGAAUGCGUUCAGCGACUACAAUUGCUGGGAGGUGCUGGCUCUGUACAACCAGACGGCGGGACUGCCCAUUUUCGCCAACAAGCCCUCGCCGGAGAAGGAAUACGAAGACAAGUGGGCCAACAAGCGGCAUGGGAAGCGUCGUGACGGGCCGAAUGCCGACUAUUUGCCCUUUGUGAACCACAACAACGAGCCGAUCGAAACCGAGGCUACCAAGGAAUCGGAAUCGGAAAUCGUGGAGGAGGAGGAGCAGGAGCAGGAGCAGGAGAACUUCGACCACUUGUUCGAUCCUGUCAGCGAUGCCAACGGCUCUUCAGCCCCAGCCCUGAUUACCCUUGGUAACCGAGAGAUUGACGUGGUGUUGGAGGCCUGCUUAACCAUGGUGCAAGGAAUGCGGCCUGGCAAACAGUACUGGGAAUACCUAACGCGCGAGGGUCACGCGGACCUGAUCAAGCCUGACGCGGCUGCGAUUCACCAAUACCUGCGUCUUCUCCGCUACAGCCGAUCGACCCGGGAAGCCAUCGCGGUGAUCCGCGACCAGAUGGUGCCCGCUGGGAUCACCGAUCCCAAAACCUUCCACAUUGCGAUGAGUGUCUGCCGGCGCGACACCCGCAAUGGAAACAUCUUGCGACUGGCCGACGAGAUGCUCGAUAUCAUGGAGAGUGCGCUCGUCCUUCCGGAGCCGCGUGCUCUGGUGGGCUACCUCGAUCUUGUCCAGUCCCUGAAGGAGAACCCCCAGCUUCUGCUGUCGUUGCUCGGCUUGGAGGGUGCCUGGAAGGCUCGGGCGAGCAACUUCCAGGACAAGGGCCGGAGCUUGUACGUGGGGUUGCAGCUGCACGCCGUCAAGAAACUCUUCCCUCACCUCGUGAAAUUGGACGAAGCCACGUUACCGUACCUCCCGAAGACGGAGGAAUAUGAUACGGCGGACCUCCCUCCGCCUCACAACCGCGACUCGACCUUCGGGCUCUAUGGCUCGAAAAUCGCCCAGGCGAUGAACGAGACAGGCCGAGUGAUUGACGAGCUGGUGCAGCGGCACAGAAACAAGAACUUCUUGAGUAAAGAACUCCUUGCGGAUCUGCAGGAGAAGCGAAGCAUGCUCAAGAAAUACUCCCAUGCCCGGAUCAACAGGCAUAUUCGCGAUAUUCGCGUGGAUGCGACUGCCAGCCAGGUCGAAGCGUUUGACCAGAAGCUGGAGAAGCAGCUGGAGAAGCAGCUGGAGAAGCAGGAGAAGCAGGAGAAGCCGCAGGAGGAGGUAAAAGGAAAGACAGAGGUAGCCGAUGCGAAGGCGAAUUAG